CGCAUGUGUUAUGCAAAUGAGCUAUCUCGUCCUCCAAUCAGCGGGCUGCUGGAGCUGUUUUCCCGCAUGCAUCAGGGAGAGAGGGAGCGGAGCUGCAGCCCGCCGCUUACAGUCUUUGUGUGCUCUCUCCCGGCCGGUCGCCCGGAGAGCUGUGGCAGCACCCGGCUCUCAAUAAUGCGCUGUUUUUUCUACUUUUAUACCGCCGGAGUCCAACUUUGUACACACGAUGCGUCGCCUGCGGGGCUUUUAAUGGACGGGAUAGCAUGAGCUCCCAGUGCUACCCGGUGGCAAUGGACCUUGGCGUUUGUCAACUGAGGAAUUUCUCGAUUUCGUUUCUGUCCUCUGCGCUUGGGAAGGAGAGUGCAUCAGUCAGGGUUGACAAUAGCUCCUCGGGUGCAAGUGUGGUGGCCAUCGACAACAAGAUCGAGCAAGCAAUGGAUCUGGUGAAGAGCCACCUGAUGUACGCCGUGCGCGAGGAGGUGGAGGUGUUGAAGGAGCAGAUCAAAGAGCUGAUCGAGCGCAACACUCAGCUGGAGCAGGAGAACAAUCUGCUCAAGACCCUGGCCAGCCCCGAGCAGAUGGCUCAGUUCCAGGCUCAAGUCCAGACUGGUGGCUCCCCGACCGGCACCGCCCAACCUCCGGUCCCGGCUGGCCCCUCCACGCAGAGCUCCGGCACAUCUGCGUAACCCAGACAUUGGAGAGCCCUCUGACGAUGAGAGACCGGGGGGAUGGAAGAAAGAAGAUGAGAAGGAGGAGGAGAAAGGAGUCUCGUCAUACUGUGAACAGACUCUAGCAUUAAGACUCUGCCAGUGCUUGGAGGAGCACACACUCGGGCUCAGCCGGAGGAUGAACCACUCUCUUUUGUUGCACAUUUUAUUUAACUGACUUUGGAGUCACACCGAUGUGUAAUGUGUAAGUGUGUGUGCAUCUGCGUGCGCGUCUUUGCCUCCUUUCUGACUUUUAACCACCCGCUUCAGACAAUCCUCAUUGUCAUGCUGGUUGUUGUUGUAAUCAUCAUCAUGGUGACAACAACAAUGUGGGGAAAGGGACAGAGCUAACAGGAACCGACCCUGCCGCCAUCUUCAGGGCCGCUAAAAAAAAAAAAAAGAGGGCGGGAGGAGUUAACCAAGGGCCCGGCCAAUCAAAGAAGCAGGCUCUUGUCAGUGCCGUUGAAUACGUUGCGGUGUGACCCCCUCCCCACUGAAAACAUGUGCCAUCGUCCCCUACCCCGCCUUGCCGCACCCUGACUGUCCAUCAGCGCACAGUGUUUUUUUGUUUUUUGUUUUUUUUUUUAAUUCAACAUCUUCCUGUUUUCCUGUUGCACUUUUUUUUCCCAAGCGGACUUUUAAAGGAUGACAGAAGAUUCAUACAACCCACCCUCAAUCCGGGAAAGUCCCAGAUCUCUGAGGAUCACCAGUCUUGACAUUCUUCAAGGGGAGGAUGGUCAUAAAACCUAUGAAUUAAAUAUCAGCUGCUUCUCAUUGUUCACUUUGAGAACUGAGUUUGAGGUCCACGUUGCCCACCCUUGACACCCCCUCCUUGUUCUUUCUCAGACAGCGCAUUAAAGAUUUAUGCAGGGGAUCAAUGUUUUUUGGGGGUUUUUUUUAAGGAGGGCUGGGAGAAGCUUGUUUUGUCUGUCCUAUUAAUUUUGUUUUGGCUCUUGUUAAUGUAAUAAUGUCCAAGUGAUCUGUAAAAAUAAAUGGCAGGAAGGCAGUUCGAUAGGACAUGACUGUUUCUAGCUAGUGAUCUUUGUAUAGGUGAAAAUUUUCCAGUUCAACUCUGCCAAGUGCCUGGUUUCCAACCAUAGAUACAUAUAUAGAAGCCUUUUUUUUGUUGUUGUUGUUCUACUAUUUUGUAUAUAUAUCUAUGGUAUGGCCAGGUUUUUCUCUGAUCUACCUGUGAUGUCAUUACUCAGGGUGGCAACAGAAGAGGACCUUUUACCUCCACACUAAGAUGCUGUCUCUCCUGUGGUGACACACGGCCUUGUACUGUAUCUGCCGUUGCUUCAAACUCACUCGCUCAAAUGUUCUGGACUCUUUAACCAUUUGGAGACGUGUGUAGUUUUAGUUUUUUUUGUUUUGUUUUGUUUAAAUAAAUCUUAGCAUAUUUUUUUUUAUUAUUAUUAUUAUUAUUUUUUUGUACAGCCAAGUGUUUGAGUUGCUCAGUGCAACUGGAGCGCUGAACACAAUAAUGAGACAUCUGGCUUAAAAAAAAAAAGAAAGAAAAGGAAAAUGCCCAGCAGCAGAAGUAUGUUGAUGUUUUGUGCAUGUUCCUCAGCCCAUCACAAAUGUGACGUUACAAUUGCACUAGACAGUUGCACCUCAAAUAAAAAAAGAAAAACAUGA